UCGUUAGGGGUGUUUCGUUCUAUGUUCGCGCUUGUUUUUUUACUUAUGAUCGGAUUUGGUAAUUUGAACAGUAAUGAUCCGUUCGACGUUUACAGGAUAAUCCAAUUCCGAGUGUUCUGAGUCACACUUGUUGUAGUUUUAGAGAUAGAGAAUCCAAUUCGAUGGAUUUAGAUAUGAACGGAGGAAACAAGAGAGUCUUUCAAAGACUAGGCGGCGGCUCCAAUCGUCCCCCGACGGACUCGAAUCAGAAAGUUUGUUUCCACUGGCGGGCUGGCCGGUGCAAUCGCUACCCUUGCCCGUACCUGCAUAGAGAAUUGCCCGGUCCGGGUCCUGUCGCAGCUUCUUCUUCGUCUACGAAUAAAAGGGUCGCUGAUGAAUCUGGUUUUGCGGGUCCGAGUCACCGGAGAGGGCCUGGAUUCAGCGGGAGUGCUAAUAACUGGGGGAGAUUCGGUGGGAACAGAACUGUGACUAAGACGGAGAAACUUUGCAAGUUUUGGGUUGAUGGAAAUUGUCCUUACGGUGAUAAAUGUAGAUACUUGCAUUGCUGGAGUAAAGGGGAUAGUUUCUCCUUGUUGACGCAGCUAGAUGGUCAUCAGAAGGUUGUCACUGGGAUUGCUUUGCCGUCAGGGUCCGAUAAGCUUUACACGGGCAGUAAAGAUGAAACUGUGCGGAUAUGGGAUUGUGCUUCUGGACAGUGUACAGGCGUACUCAAUCUUGGAGGGGAAGUUGGCUGCAUGAUUAGUGAAGGCCCCUGGCUAUUGGUUGGCAUGCCAAAUCUUGUCAAGGCAUGGAAUAUCCAAAACAAUGCAGACCUGAGUCUCACUGGACCUGUUGGUCAAGUAUAUUCACUGGUUGUUGGUACUGAUCUGUUGUUCGCUGGCACACAAGAUGGUUCUAUUUUAGUUUGGAAAUACAAUAGUACCACUAGCUGUUUUGAUCCAGCUGCAUCACUAAAAGGUCACACCCUUGCAGUUGUUUCUUUAUAUGUUGGAGCAAACAGACUCUAUUCUGGUGCCAUGGACAAUUCUAUAAAAGUUUGGAGCCUAGAGAAUCUGCAGUGUAUACAAACACUUACAGAGCAUACUUCAGUAGUCAUGUCUCUCAUUUGCUGGGAACAAUUUCUUCUGUCAUGUUCAUUGGACAAUACUGUCAAGAUAUGGGCUGCAACUGAAGGUGGAAACUUAGAAGUGACAUAUACUCACAAAGAAGAAUACGGCGUGCUAGCUCUCUGUGGCGUCCAUGAUGCCGAAGCCAAGCCAGUAUUGCUAUGUUCGUGCAAUGACAAUUCAUUGCAUCUAUAUGACUUGCCAUCGUUUACGGGAAGGGGCAAAAUUUUGGCAAAGCAAGAGAUUCGGUCGAUCCAGAUAGGUCCCGGGGGCAUAUUUUUCACCGGUGAUGGAAGUGGUCAAGUUAAAGUAUGGAAGUGGUCGACGGAACCAACUGCGAUCAUGUCUUGAGACUCCAAAAAAGAUCCCUAGUUCCUCACCUUUGUCAAUAUCUCUUCUCGUCUGAGUGUCAAGGGCUCUUGUUUGUUUUGUUCUACUGAGAGAUUGUUAGUAGCAUCAAGGUAUCUGUCAGACUGUCACUGCAGGGAAGACAGACGGCCACGAGAAGAUUGUGAACCACUGAUUGUCUCAACUAUUAUAUUAGUUUGAUGUCCGAGCAGAGCCAUGAUCUAAUCAGUUCUUAGGCAUAAGAAGUUUUGUCCCUCAUUGGUCAACACUCGUGUCUUGUAAUGUAUGGCAUAUAUAUUUAUGGUGAUGUUUCAGAGUAAUAAAAGAGUUUUAUCAUGAA